AUGAGUGGAUACAGUGAAUUAUUCGAAGAAGCUUUUCUUGAGAAUCUACGACGACGUCAUGGAACGAAACGAAUGCGAGCGACUCAUGUUUAUAAUGAGUAUAUAGCGGAUAAAAUGCACAUUCAUAUGAAUGCAACACAAUGGGAGACACUUGGAAGUUUUGUGCAGUAUUUGGGACGAACAGGCAAGUGCGUUGUGGAUGAGACGGAAAAAGGAUGGCAUCUUCAGUAUAUUGAUCGUGAUCCAAAGGCCAUUGCUCGACAAAAGGAACUGGAAAAGAAGAAAAAGGCCGAGUUGGACCAUGAAGAACGAAAUCGACUGUUUAUUGAACGACAGCUUAAGAUUGCUAGUGAAAACGAAACAGUGGGAACGAUGCAGCAACCGACUAAGUUGUUACGUGGAGAAAAUCGAGACAAGAUUAGAAUUGUGCUAAAGAAAGAAGGUGGUAAAAAGGAGAGUGAUGUAGUGGGUGGUGUUGCAGAAGCUGCUACGGUGUUUGGUGGAGAGAAUCAAGAUGAGGAUAAAAAGAUAGGAGAGAGGACGACGUCAGUGGUCACAUGUUUAGGCAAGCGACAUGCUGUCGAUACUAUCAUGGAGGAAGAAGAACGAUAUAGGAAUGAAAAGAGUCGACGGCUAGAGGACGAGUCGAAACGUUUACGAAAGGAGAACUGGGUCACUACUGGGCUUGUGGUCAAAGUGACAAAUAAAAAAGUUGGCGACAGCAAGUAUUACAAGUGCAAGGGAGUUGUCAAGGACGUGCAGGAUAAGUUCUGUGCGACUGUGAAGCUGCUGGAUUCUGGAGAUGUACUGCGACUGGACCAGGAUGACCUAGAGACGGUGAUCCCGAAACCAGGACGCAAGGUGAAAAUAGUUAAUGGACUCGGGCGCGGAUGCACGGCAAAGUUACUCACUAUCUCAGUUGCUGACUUUUGUGCUCGCAUUCGAAUUGACUCAGGGCCCCAUCGAGGCGAAAUCUUGGAUCGUGUCGAGUACGAAGACAUAUGUAGACAUGCAGACGAAUAG